UUAUAGUUUCACCAUCAAAUCAAUCCCUUAACGACGACGUUUACUCAAAAGUUCCCAUUUCCCAAACAGCCCUCCUCUUCCCUCCCCACUCCACCUGCAUCCCUAGAUCUCACCUCCUCCCCUCUCGUAGAUCCCAAACACUCAAAAAAAUGUCGCACUCCGAACGCGACACCGUUCCGCUCCACCCUUCCUCCCAAUCGGACAUCGACGAGAUCGAAAACCUAAUAAACGCCAGCGUCCAAUCGGGCCCCACCACCGUGCUUCCCGCCAAACCCCCAAGUCCGACCCGAGCCUCGAUCCCCGUCUCAUCCUCGCCGUUCAUCCAAUCAAACCUCCCGCCGCCAGCUCCUUCUGCCUCCUCCAAACAGAAGCCGCCAUCUGUCCCGGCCCCACCGCCCAUUCCCUCCACCAACAACGGCCCGGGUAUCGUGCCUUCCGGGUUCGGGUCCCCGCCCAACACGCUGACGGAGCCCGUUUGGGACACCGUGAAGCGCGACUUGUCGAGAAUUGUGAGCAAUUUGAAGCUUGUGGUGUUCCCCAACCCGUAUCGUGAGGACCCGGGAAAGGCUCUGAGGGAUUGGGAUCUCUGGGGACCUUUCUUCUUCAUUGUGUUCUUGGGUCUCACUCUUUCCUGGUCUGCAUCUGUCAAAAAGUCUGAGGUUUUUGCUGUUGCUUUUGCUGUGCUUGCUGCCGGUGCUGUAAUUUUGACCUUGAAUGUGCUCCUACUGGGUGGACACAUAAUAUUCUUCCAGAGCCUGAGUCUUCUGGGUUAUUGCUUAUUCCCUCUUGACAUUGGAGCUCUAAUCUGUAUGGUAAAGGACAAUGUGAUAUUGAAGGUGGUUGUGGUCAGUGUAACAUUGGCUUGGAGUUCUUGGGCUGCAUAUCCUUUCAUGAGUUCAGCAGUCAACCCCAGGAGAAAAGCCCUCGCACUUUACCCUGUUUUCCUACUGUAUGUAUCUGUUGGUUUUCUCAUUAUUGCCAUCGAUUAGCACAUCAAAACUAAGCAUGCUGUUAAAUAGGAUUUUUGUUGGGUGCUUCAUAUUCUGACUUCUUGUUUGGGAUUCUGGAGCUCCGUUUGUCUGCCUAUAUCAAAUUUGUUGUAUGAAACUUCUUACAUGAUUUUAAUGCUAUAACGACUCAUACUUUUUGCCACUCC